AUGCACCACCUCCUACCGCACAUCAAAAUCCUCUCCGCCUCAUCCCUCCCCACCCCCACCAUCACCUUCUCCUUCACCGUCGACCCCUCUCACGCAAACGGCUUCGCCAACCUCCACGGAGGCGCCGCCGCCUCCCUGCUCGACUUCUGCACCACCCUGCUCCUCACCCUCGUCUGCAAGCCCGGCUUCUGGCAGACCAUGGGCGUCAGCCGCACCCUCAACGUCACGUACAUGCGGCCCGCGCCCGUCGGCAUGGAGGUCCUCAUCGAGUGCGAGAUGCUCCAGGUUGGCAAGAGGCUGUGUGCCCUCAGGGGGACGAUGAGGAGGAAGAGUGACGGGGAACUACUUUGCGUUUGCGAGCAUAACAAGGCGAAUGUUGACCCGGAUCCCAAGCUCUAA